GUGAAGGAGCUGGAGCUGGAGCUGGACUCGGAGCAGAAGAGACACUCUGAGACGGUGAAGACACUUCGGAAGAACGAGCGUCGUCUGAAGGAGCUGCUGUUCCAGUCGGAGGAGGAGCAGAAGAACCAGCAGAGGAUGCAGGAGCUGGUGGAGAGGCUGCAGAACAAGAUGAAGACCUACAAGAGACAAGUGGAGCAGGCUGAGGAACAAGCCAACAUGAACUUGACCAAGUACAGGAAGACGGUGCACGAGCUGGAUGAUGCUGAGGAGCGAGCUGACAUUGCUGAGUCAGCGCUCACCAAGAUCAGGACCAAGAACAGAGGCAGCUUUGGGAAGGGCUUCUCCUCC